AUGGCUCUAACAAUAAAAAUUGUGAUAUGCCUCUUCCUUAAUCUCUUAUCACUUGUAAUAAUCUCAAGUGGUUUAAGAUUGAAGCUCACUCACAGAGAUUCUCCAAACUCUCCUCUCUACGAACCAAAUCUCUCCGACUUCGAAAGAUUCAAUAAAAACGUCGAAAUCUCCCAAAACCGUGCCUCUUACUUUCACCAAACGAGGCUCCAAAACUCGUCGUUGCGGGCCCCAAUAAAGCCCCAUGACUACACGUACACCGUAGAUAUAGGCCUAGGCACACCCGUCGUCACUCGAACGCUGAUAUUCGAUACGGGGAGCCACCUCACUUGGACGCAGUGCAGGCCAUGCAUCCGAUGCUUCAAACAAGAACAACCUCCUUUCAACAUGAGAAAUUCGAGCUCGUUCGGGGUUAUUUCUAGGAAGAACAAACUCUCGAAGGGCUUCACAUGCAGUGCCACUCGAUGCUUCUACAUCGUCCGGUACUACAGCGGGCAGUUUUCUAGCGGACUUGUGGCGGCGGAGGAUUUCAUGUUCGAAACUAGUGCCGGAGAUUCUCAAAGAGUGGCUGGUAUGGUUUUCGGAUGUGGGAUCAUUAACGGGGCCGAUUUCGGUAAAAAGAACGCGAUUAGUGGAGUGUUCGGAAUGGGUAAAGAGCCCGUCUCGUUUGCUCGCCAGCUUGGCGCGAGGAUCAAGAAUCGGUUUUCUUAUUGUCUGACGAAAACCGACUCGAAAAAUAAUACCAAAGCGUCGUACUUGAGGUUCGGCGACGAGGCCGUAAUAAAAAACGGAACGAAUGCUCAAACCAUGCGUUUUUUACAUACAACAAAAAACAAUCUCUAUCUAUUGAACUUGAUCGAUAUAAGCAUCGGCAGCCAAAGGUUGGGACUAAAACAAGGUACGUUUAAGGAGGGAUGCGUGAUUGAUUCCGGCUCUUCGGUUAGUCUUUUGAACGAAAACGCUUUCAUUAAGGUGGAGAAAUACUUGGUGGCUUACUUUUGGAGUUUUAAGAAUCUUAGAAAACUCGUGGGGAAGGAAGUUCCAAAAGGGUUUGUUUGCUAUGCAAAUUCCAGGAAAGAUUUUUUCGGGAAAUUACCGGACAUGACGUAUCAUUUUGAAGGGGCCGAUUUUCAUGUACCGUGGGAGAAUGUUUUCGUGACGAUUGAAAACGAUGCGUUUUGUUUGGCGGCGAUGAGGUCCAAGAAUACGACGAUUUUGGGAGCUUAUCAACAAAGGAAUGUCAGGGUCGUGUACGAUUUGAAGGACGAUAAGCUAUCGUUUGCACCGGAGGAUUGUUCGCGCGAUGCAGUAUAA